AUGAGUUCCAUCUUGCCGAUACCAAUUUACUGCCCCUUCCCGGCCCCUGGCCGAGGCAUUGCGGAGCGUUGGGAUUUCUGCGCCCUCAACGAAAAGCACUGCACCAAUUGCAAAGGCGCUUGGUGCCUCCCGGGCAACAUCACGUACUACGAUGGCACCAAGUAUAAGCCCGGCGUGGAGUAUGAGCCCAUCAGCGACCAGCGACUCACAGCGGAGAACCACACGGCCACACAGGAAGCCGAAGAGGAAGUCGCCAACGACGAUAGCCUGGACGACCUCUUUCCCGAUGGCCUGGCUGACACCGCCCACGACCUGCCAAAAGAUGCAGAGGAACCCGAAGGGGCCGAAGGAGCUGAGGACGAGGACGAACCACCGCCAUUUGCGUGAGAAGCGAUUUCUGCCAUGAUUCUGAGCUCC